CGUGUGUGUGUGUGUGUGUGUGUGUAUGUGCGCGCGCGAGUGUGUGUGUGUGUGCUCUGCUGUUGCUGCCCUUUGAUCCCUGCAUUAGUGUUAGUUAGGGGCUCGGAGACACACACUUACAGAGAGCAGCCAUAGUCAAGACACGGCAACAACAACAGCACCUCCUCCUCUACUCUUCCCUGUUCCCAACAAUACACUUAACCGAGGACAGCCAGGUGCACGACAAGUCCCUGCCAUCAGGCUCCCUCGCGACAUUUCAAUGGAAAAAGACCUUUUUUCUUCUUAUCCCUAAACAAGAAGGAGAAUGUGAUAAAAGGGGGAAAAUGCCAAGGAGGAAACAGGAGCAACCCAAGCGCCUGCCUUCACAUGUGGACACGGUAGAGGAUGGAGGGCCAGAGGGUGGCUCAGUAGAAGAGGACAGCUGGUUUGGGAAUACCUCCGACAGCCCCUCCGAAUCGUCCUACGGUGAUGUGCAAGAUGAGCUGCGGGUUUCCCCUGACAAUGUUCCCCGACCAGACCACGACACCUCAGCCGAGAGCUCCCUGGGCUGCCCAACGCCAGGUCAGCGGGCUUCCCUGGAGCUGCUGGGGCUGGACAGUGGGGUCCUCUCGACCCAGGACAUGCUGUCCUCUGAGGUGUCCUCUCUGUACGGAGACUCCAGCCAGGCCCUGGGCAAACCCCUCAGCAGCAACUUACGCCGUCUCCUGGAGGCUGGCUCGCUGAAGCUGGAGGGAGGUGACAUGACCGGGCGUGGAAUGGGCAGAGGACAGGAGUCGCCCCCGGUCAGCUUGGUACUAUCUCCAUCUUUGCAUCACGCACAGCAGCUGAGUGCCCUGGCGAGGAGGUUGGCUAAUAGCAGCAGCAACAACAGCUGCAACUCGAACUCUGCAUCACCUGCGUCUGUAGCAACUGUCAAGCAGGAGCCCUGUGACCUAUAUGGCCCCAGCAAUGGCCCUAACUCAGGUAGCAGUGGCUUCGUAUGGGUAGGCGUUGCGGAUAAAUGGCCAUCGACAAGUUGCUCGGCUCCCAGCGGCAGCAGCCUAUCACCAGACUCGGCUAUCCAGAAGUUAAAAGCAGCCGCCAACGCCGUGCUCCAAGACAAGAACGCGGUGGCCUCCUCCACCUCGGCAUCCUCAUCCUCCUCUUCCUCCUCCUCGUCCACUUCAGUCACCUCCUCCUCAAUGGCAGCCUUGGGCACUCGAUCUGAUGACGCUGUGCGCUUUGAACCGUUCUCUUCACCCUUCAGUCCGCAGUCAGCCAGCUCCACGCUUGCUGCCCUCUCAAAGAAAGUGUCUGAAAGAAGUCAGCAGCAGGUGGGCUCAUCUGAGCAUCAACCCUCAGCUGGCUCCUUUCUCUCUCUGGUUUCCAUGACCUCCUCAGCAGCUCUGCUAAAGGAGGUGGCUGCACGAGCAGCAGGAAACCUUCUAGCUGAUAAGAAAGAGCCGGCAUUAGUACUGGGAGCCUCCGAAGAUGUCAAGCCCCUGUUAGACAGGAACCAGAAGGUGCCCACACCAACCCAGGCCAUGGAUCUCCUGCUGCCAACAAUCCCCAAGGGAAGGGCCAAGCCCAGCAGUCAAGCAGGUUCUCCUGAGGAUGGAGGGAAGCCCUUUCAGUGUCCAGUGUGCGGUCUGGUCAUCAAGAGAAAGAGCUACUGGAAGAGACAUAUGGUGAUCCACACAGGCUUAAAAAGUCACCAGUGUCCCCUCUGUCCCUUUCGUUGUGCUCGUAAAGACAAUCUCAAGUCCCACAUGAAGGUCCAUCAGCACCAAGACAGAGGAGAGACUUUCCAGUGUGAGCUCUGCCCCUUCACAUCAUCCCGCCACUUUAGCCUCAAGCUGCACAUGCGUUGCCAUCAGCACUUCCCCCGUUCCGACCUCAAAGUCAAGGAAGAACCUGGCACAGACACCGAGGAGGGCGAGGGCUUGCUCAUGGGGGACAGUGGAGUCGCUGGUGAUCAGGUCAUGAACACAGAUGCUUCCACGUCUCCUACUGUGAGCCAACCCGACGGUCGUUUGCUGGCCUCCCCUACAGAACCCUCGAACCACGUCCAGAUCAAGGAGGAACCCCAGGAGAGGGAUGUGUCUGUGAUGUCUCCCUUUGCCCUGUGUAGGGAGCGACCCAGCAGCAGCAGCUCCCUGGAUCUGCCUGGGCUCAAAUCCAGUCCACCGGGUCCUGGGCCUACAGCUGCUUCGCUCUUCAGCCCAGAUAUCACCACCAAGACGGCUACAGACCUCCUCAUGAAGCUCUCAGCAGCGAACCAGAAGGAGGCCCUAAAGGGUACAUUCUGUGUCAAAGAGGAGCCCCAGGCGGAAGAGCCCCUGAGCUCUCAGAGGGGACCAAGCUAUACCUUCUGCCAAGAAGGACCCCCAGGUUCCACCAAGCCAAGAAAGGAGGGGAGCCCAAUGUUGGGCAAGAGCAGCCUACUCAGCCAGGAUAUCAACGUCAAAGUGGCCUCUGAACUGCUUAUGAAGCUAUCAGAGAAUAACAAAGAAGCUUGCCACCAGAACAUCAUAGUGAAGGCGGAGCCUAUGGAAGUGGACCCGCACCUAGAAUUGGCCCCUCCCUCCUCUCAUCUACUGGGCUUCAGCACUUCAGGGGGAUGUGAGAAGAAGGAACCAAUGGUUAACCUCCGAGAUCCUUUGCCCCGCCCCCAAAAUGACCUCUUCUCCCAGGACAUAUCAGUCAAAAUGGCCUCUGAGCUGCUUUUCAAACUGUCUGAAAAAGUAAGUAAAGCUAAUGAAAGCAAAGACAAUGCAUCAUUCGGCAUACACAGCCCUUUCUUAGACGACCGCUUUAGACAAUCACCUUUCAGCACGCGCUCCAAGAGCUCUUCCCCAGCUGAAGCCGGAUCUUCAAGCAGGGUCACCCAACAAGAUCCAGAGAAGGUGAGAAGUGACCCAGGAAAUGGACUCGCCCAAUGGAGACUCAACGAACAGCUCUUUCCCUGUCCUGUUUGUGGCAAAGUGUUUGGUCGCCAACAGACUCUCUCCAGACAUCUCUCUUUACACACAGAAGAAAGGAAGUAUAAGUGUCAUUUAUGUCCGUACGCGGCUAAGUGCCGAGCCAACCUCAACCAGCACCUCACCAUCCACUCGGUCAAACUGGUGAACACAGACACCGAGCAGAUCGCUACCGCUGUUACCAACGAAGGCCCAGAGCUCAAAAACUGCCCCUACUACUACAGCUGCCACGUCUGCGGCUUUCAGACAGAGUUGAACGCUCAGUUUGUCAGUCAUAUGUCUCUUCAUGUAGACAAAGAGCAGUGGAUGUUCUCGCUCUGCUGUAGCACCUGUGAGUAUGUGGGUGUGGACGAGGCCGAGAUGAAAGCUCACAUCAGUGCAGGGCAUGCAGGUCUCAAUUCCAGAAGCCCUCUCAGUGAGACCAAGAGCACUUCCUCCUCUCUCUCAGCCCUUAGUGACUCCCUCAACAGCUCUGAAGGUGGAGAUGUUGCCCAAGGUAAUGAAGAACUAAAAUGCCUUUUGGCCCCGCCUUCUUCUGCGGGCAGUCAAUCAAGCUUAGGCCCAGGAACAGAGGAAAAAGCAGAGAAAGGCUUUGAAUGUGUCUUCUGCAACUUUGUGUGUAAAACUCGACCUAUGUACGAGCGUCACCUACAGAUCCACCUGAUCACGCGCAUGUUCGAGUGCAACGUCUGCCACAAGUUCAUGAAGACACCUGAGCAGCUCCUGGAGCACAAGAAGUGCCACACCGUCCCCGCUGGAGGGCUCAAGUGCCCUCUCUGCAUCUACUCCACCAACAGGCCAGCCGCCAUGGAAGGCCACCUGAAGACGCACUACAAGAUGGAGUAUCGCUGCCGCAUCUGCCAAGCCGUGUGGGCCAAUCAGGCAGAGCUGGAAAGGCACACACGUGCUCACCGCCUGGGCAACCACUACAAGUGCGAGCAAUGCGGCUACCUCUCCAAAACAGCCAAUAAGCUCAUCGAGCAUGUGCGUGUGCACACUGGUGAGCGGCCUUUCCACUGCGACCGCUGCAGCUACAGCUGCAAACGCAAGGACAAUCUCAACCUCCACAAGCGGCUCAAGCACGCACCGAGACAGACUUUCGGUUGUGCCCAGUGCCCGUUCACCACCACUCACCCGUUCGUCUACAGCCGCCACGUUAAAAAGCACCAAGGCGGGGAGGGGAGCGCCGAGGAAGGUGAGGCUCGGCCAGGUACGCCACACCCGGGCCUUUUGGAGCGAGGAGGGAGGAGUAGCAGUGGGAGUGGGGACAGUGGGACCACAAGUCCGCUCAUGAACCUGUCCGCCUCUCAAGCCUUGCAGUCCGUCGCCCUGUCGAUCACCAGCAAGUGGCAAGACGGCACCCCAAACACGAGCUACCUCUCGGCCAAUGGCACGUUCUCCACACUGGCGGCUCGCUACUUGGAACAGUACAGGAACUGUGACCUGGCUCACCUCAUCCCCCUCACCACGCUCUUUACGGCCCGCCGCUUCACAUUCCACAGCCCCUCGCCCUCAAACUCCUCGCUGCCCUUCUCGGCAUUUUGGUUCAACUCGUCCUCUCAGUCGCCGCCCUCUCCCACGUCACUCAAACACUCCUUCCUAGCAUACCUGGGAUUGACAGAGAGAGCUAAGACCAUUUGACCAUCCUCGUCCCAUCUUCUUCUCCUCCCUGUACCAUCAAAGCCACUAACUGUUCCACAGGCAGGCUAAAACGCUGCCCUAAAAAGUAGUACUGAUAGUAAUACUUCCAUUUAUCAGAGGAAAAGCUAUUCACGCUCAAGGCAUUUCGAUUUCUGUUCUAUCGCAAUCCUAUAGUUGCUCUUUUUUAAGAGGUCUUACAACAGUUGUUUUCCUCUACAAAUUGUUAAUGACCUGGAAUCCAAUAACAGUUCUUUCUCUAUUACGAGUUUUGUAUUCGUUUUGAUGGGCGAAAGGAAACAAAGAACAUAGCUCGCAAGCGCUCGCAAGCGCUUUUUUUGUACAUUUUGUCAGGAAUCCGAAAGCAUGUUCGCUAUGUGUUGCAAUUGUUUUUUGAAGUCAUUUAGGGGCUCAGUAUCUACAGUGUAUGGCACGACAAAAACCAAUGAAACGGAUUGCUAUCUUUCGAGUCUUGUUUCCAAAGCAAAGCCUCAGACCACGCACUUGUUAAUUUAUCGAGCUGUACAUAGUUUUGUAGUCUUUCUUUUCUCUCCCCCCCCCCCCCCCCCCCACGCCUGUUGGCGGUAACUGGUUUUGCUGAAUGGUGAGACCAUCUGCAAAUUUUGAUCUUGUCUCAGCAACAAACAUAAGGCCCUUUACGACACCUGCAAGGCGCAGCUGAUGGCAUUACUUAAUACAAGCCAUUUAGAGCACGCUAAUGGCAAAAG